AUGUCGUCUGGGUCUAUAAAGAAUGUCGCAGUUAUUGGGGGUAGUGGCAAAAUAGGACGGUUUAUCGUCGAAGCUCUUCUCCAAUCCACGCACAACUACAACGUCACUGUCCUGUCCCAGGAACAAUCUGCCUACUCCGCUCCUAAAGGUGCGCGAACGGUGAAAGUGGACUACAACAACCAUUCUGCCCUCGUCUCUGUGCUAAAGGGCCAAGAUGCUGUUGUCUCUGCUGUUGGUUCGGCAGCGACCCGGGAUCAAAUCAAAAUUGCUGAUGCGGCGAUCGAAGCUGGGGUGAAACGGUUUAUUCCAGCGGAAUACGGCACUGAUAAGAACUAUCCAGGAAAUCCUCCUGAGCGAGCGCCUUCGUUUAAGGCUAAGCAGGAUGUGAAGGACUAUUUGGAUGGAAAGAUCGAGUGGACCGGUAUUCUGACGGGUCCAAUUUUUGAUCUAGCCUUUGAAGAAGGGUUCCUAGGCUUCGAUGUUCAUACCAGGACUGCGCGGUUAGACCCUAACAACCGAUCUAGCCACUUCUCGGCAUCGAGCCGUUCGCUGGUAGGCAGGGCGGUAGCCCAGGUCCUCGCGCCUGGAAUCGCACCGAGAACGGCGAACAAGUUCGUGCAUGUCCGAUCAUUAACUGUGUCUCAGGACGAACUGCUUACGGCACUGGAGAAGAUUACUGGAGAACAAUGGAAAGUUGAGACUGUUGAUUACAGUUCUUUGGUGAAGGACGCACGCAAGAGAUUGGCACAGGGCGAGUACAUGGCCGCUAUUGUGUUGAUUCAAGAGGCUUUUCUGGACCCGAAUGCUGGAAAUAAUUGGGAUGAGAGGGGAGUGGUGUCAAACAAGGAGCUUGAUUUACCGGAUGAGGAAGGGUUGGAGGAAACCCUGAGGAUUAUCUUGGGAGCGUAA